AUGUCAUCUUCAGUCGAUCCAGUUCGGGCAGCAUACGGAGCCACAGACCCGUCGGGCUACGUAGCCUCUUCGUCCAGCGCAAGCAUUGUCGAGGAGCCUUUGGUCGGUCGGACAAGCGACUCAGUGACGCAAGGGGAGGCAACUCCGAUCUUAUCCCUGACGCUUGAAGGUACGAACCUGAGCGCUCGAGACCUCACCUCGCCAGCCGCAUUUCUGUCGGGUCACUUCGCGGAUUCCGAGGCUCGGUUGUCAUUCGUAGGACGCAUCGAUCUGGCUAAGGAGCGAGCCUUUGAUGAUAGUGUCUACUUGGACCUCUUCUUCGACGACCUAAGAUCUACUCGCCUCGUCAUUCGCCCUCGUUCGCAACUGUUUGGCAGUCCUUUCGCUCCGGACUACCACUUCAAAGACAAAGAUGUGAUCUUGCUCAAGGACGUGGUACACACUUCGCUUACUCGGGUCCAGGGCGGAUACCCGUACACGUACAAUGUCACCGAUUCCUUUGGGUACGGGCUGUCGUUCGACGCGUUUUCUUAUUGCUUCAACUUCACCCAGAAGAGUUAUGACACGACUUUCGCCGACGUGGUCGACAUGAACAAGCGUCUCGACAGCCUUUUCUUCCCCUGGAUACCCGAUGACUAUCAUCGGCCCAAGCGAUCAGUCCAUCCGAUUACGCAAGGCUCUCGCACUCAUGUCAGCGCGUCCGUCCACAUGACAUCCGCCAACGAUCCGGCUCGAACGGACAGCAGCUGGACCGACUCCGACCAGAAAGCUCACACCGAUCGAUCUGUCACGACGAGGCGAGGGACGAAGAGGGCUGCAGCGACCGCGCCUACUUCGUCGAGGGCCAAGGUGGAGAAGAGAUUCGGCGGCCUCUGA